AUGAAACAGUGGAAAAAAGUGGCGGGCACAAUCAUCACCUGUUGUAUUCUACACAACACAUGCCUAGAGGUGAACGAUGCCACUGAAAUCGGUGUUGUCAGUGAUGAAGAUGGGUUUCCCAGAGUGCUCCUCCCAGAACAUGAUUCUAAUGCAGAUGGUGUAGGAUUAAGAAACACCAUAGAAGACACUUUGUACUACUGCUUUCAUAUGUAUUACAUUUGUACAAUUCUGGAUUCAUUCAUGUUCAUUUCAGUCACGUUUGUAUUGUGGUUUAUGUUCUAAACAAAAAGGUUAGCCAUUCACGUAGUUGCUGAUGGCAUAAGACUUAACAACAUCCAUGUGUCUAUUCCUACAGUGAUCCCUUCAUUUUCAUUUCCAUUUGUGGUUAAUGUUCCAAGCAAAAAAAGCAAUGAGUUCAUAAAAAUUUAUUACAAGUCUUAAAAUGCUAACAAUUCCAAAUUUUUUAAUGAACUACAGAAAUUUUUAUGGCUCAGUUAACAGCAAUUGAUGAAUUUGCAGAAAAUUGUUUGGUCAAUAGUUAUAUUUUUUAAAAGUUCAACAAUAACUGGAACAAUAAUAAAAAGUGUGUCCUUUGGCAAUGUACCUUUUCGUAACUGUCCACUUUGAAAAGUUUUGCUAUCUCCUUUAUGCAUCAAUCAUUAAUUUUUAACUUCUUAGUUGUCGCUCCGCCUCUUUCCAUUAACAGACAGUUGCAAAAUUUGGAACUGUUUCCUUUUGUCUGUUAAAUCAGCAUUGAUGACAACUCUUGACAAUGGAGAUUGACCCUGAGUGACAAGCAUGAAGUCAAAGGCUAAAUUUUGAAGGAAACUGAGCAUAACAGCCAUCACUCAACCUUAAUUUAAAAAUGGUUUUAUUGCGGCUCCUCAUGUUUGAACACAAACUGACUAUCUCCAAUGAAUUCCAGGACUUUUCCAAUUACAGGCCGCUUUUUGUAGUUAGACAAAACUACAGCAGCAAACUGGCCUUCUUCCAGGUUGGCUUUGUCAAUAUCCUCCUGAACGUCUUGCACUCUUUUUUCUGCCUUUUCGUAAGGACUAUUAUAAAUCUAAAACCCCAAAUUAAUAGUAUAAUACAACAGGACGUUACAUGUCGGCAGAAAUCGAUCAUCAGAAAGCAAGUUGAUAAUGCUCGAUAAUUGUCAUUUGACAAGUUACAUUUGUCGAUAAGAGUUGAUAAUCACAAUGAUCUAAGGAGAGGUAAGCAAUUUUAAUUGACUUUUAUCGAUUUCUAUCAACAACAAAACAACCCCUACAAAACUUGCAGUGCUGUACAGCACCCCAAAAUUGCUUCAAAAUAGCAGUACCGCUAAGUUACAGCUGUUUAGCAGGAUUUUAGAAGCCAGACAGCAGCUUAAUUCAAGUUAUAGCGGGAUGCAAAAGUGCUGUGCAGACUUUGAAGCUCUCAGCAGCAGUUUUGUAGUGCAGUUGCCAACUUUCAAAUGCUGCGAAGUAGCGGCAGUAAUGCUACAAUUCAGCUGUGGUCAAUCUGAUAGGCCAUAACUUUCUUAAGCGCCAGCAACAUGAAUUGCCAGAAAAGCCUUGCCGUGGCUUUUAUAACGAGAAAACUUUGACUGUACCUCUAAGAAAUGUGAGUAAGCUUUUGUGCAGGGAAGAUCACUUAUUGAAUAAACCUCCAGAUUCUAUGCUUUUGGAAUAAGGCUUUCAAUAAAUUUCAUUCCAUGACUGGUGAGUGUGGGGAUGUUGUCGCCAAUGCCGUGGAGACAUUCUAGGCGGUAAUCUAGUAUUAUUGGUGGGCACUUUUGCAUGAGAUCCCAUUACAUCCCUAGACAAACAUUUGCGACUGUCGAAUGAAAGGUGCAAACAUUCAUAGUUUUUUUGCACCUAGUUGUUUCGAGAUGGAAACAGCAUCUAGCUCACCACAGCAUUGGCCAGGCUUGUAAAACCCCAUCCUUUGCUUCCUUAAAUGAUUGUUGAACCAAUCUGUAACCUUGGAAAAGAAACAGAAAUACAACCAAAUUACGAUCACAUAGAAUGAAAAUUUAAGCUCUCUUUAAAUUGUUUUGAUGCCAUUUAGCAUAUCAGAUAGUUCUCAGCUGGCUUCUAAAGCUUGUUAUCUGAAUGGGAAUACGGUAAAUACCUUCUUUACUGGUAUUCACUCAACUAUCAUAUCAGCAUAAUUUUAGGAAAAUUUGCACAAACUUUAAUUUAUAGCUUUGCCGCAGAUACUGAAAAAGUUCGUCUGCACUUGGUUUCUCUGCAGUACUUAGAGACAUACCAUAUUUAUAUUGGCAUAGCGAGUAUUGCGCGCAUGACAAUUGUUAUUUAUAAAAAUGUGAUCAUUUAAGAGUGUGUCCAUGAGAAAACCAGGCAGAACUGGCCGGGAGGACAGAUAUAGGGUAAAAGUUGCAAGGGUCACACUCCAAUCCAUUCUUAAAUAAAGGUGCGACUGGCAGUUUCCCAUUGUGAGGGGAACUUCAACUUAUUUGAAUCAGUUGAGUGAUUGCACUGAGAAAUGAAAUCCCACGGUAGCUAAUUCCUUAAAAGUGUGAUGGUCGUUUCAUCGGGUUAAAUGAAAAUCACUUUUUUUAUCCAUUCUUUCAGCUUGAAAUCUAUCCAUUUGCCACACUCAACCAUGGCUUCAAAUUCUAACACAAUCACUUUUUUUCCUCCCUUCUUUUAGCUUCAACUCAAUUUACCAGAUUGCAAUGCCUUACGUUCUAACGCGAUGUUUUCUAGUCGUUGUAUCUAGUCGUUUCUCAUGUUAACACUACAUCCUUGGUGAAGUGCUGGUGCACAUCAAGGAAGCGUGUUUUUUUUAAUUGGCCGGGAGGACAGAUAUAGGGCAAAAGUUGCAAGGGUCACACCCCAAUCCAUUCUUCAAUAAAGGUGUGACUGGCAGUUUCCCAGCGUGAGGGGAACUUUUCAUAGCCACCUUCAAAUUAUUUGAAUCAGUUGAGCAAUGGCACUUAGAAAUGGAAUCCCACAGUAGUCAAUUCCUUAAAAGGGUGAUGGUCGUUUCAUUACGUUCAAUUAAAAUCACUUUUUUAUCCAUUCUUUCAGCUUGAAAUCAAUCCAUUUACCGCAUUCAACCAUGGUUUCAAAUUCUAACACAAUCACUUUUUUUCCUCCCUUCUUUUAGCGUCAAAUCAAUUUACCACAUUGCGACGCCUGAAGUUCUAACACAAUGUUUUGGAGUCCUUGUAUCAAUCCCACAGUAGCCUAUUUCUUAAAAGCGUGAUGGUCGUUUCAUCAGGUUCAAUUAAAAUCACUUUUUUUAUCCAUUCUUUCAGCUUGAAAUCGAUCCAUUUACCGCAUUCAACCAUGGCUUCAAAUUCUAACACAAUCACUUUUUUUCUUCCCUUUUUUUAGCGUCAAAUCAAUCUACCACAUUGCGACGCCUGAAGUUCUAACACAAUGUUUUGGAGUCCUUGUAUCAAUCCCACAGUAGCCUAUUUCUUAAAAGCGUGAUGGUCGUUUCAUCAGGUUCAAUUAAAAUCACUUUUUUUAUCCAUUCUUUCAGCUUGAAAUUGAUCCAUUUACCGCAUUCAACCAUGGCUUCAAAUUCUAA